AUGAAAACAAUCAUCUUAUUCUCAGUACUUGCAUUGAUCAUAUUAGCAGCCAGUUCAGCUCCUGCUCCCGUCCUCGAUGCCCAUGGAAAAAGCCUCCGCGCAGGGGUCAAAUACCUCGUUAAACCUGCUGAUAAUGACGGUUAUAUUGGCGGAUUCGGUCUGGUGGAGGUCCUAACCAAGCAUUGUCCAGCUGUAGUUGGACAACUCCUAGGUAAGCAAAAGGGCCUGUGGUUGACUUUCACUCCGGCCAACCCCAAGGAACGCUUGAUCCGUCUAUCCACAGAUGUUAACAUUAAGUUCUCGGGUUCCAAUAGUUGUAAUGAGUCAAAUGUAUGGCAGUUGAAAUAUAACAAAGCUCUAGAACAAUAUGGGGUGAUGGUGGGAGGUGUUGAGGGAAAUCCGGGGCCAAAAACAUUGAAUAACUGGUUUAAGAUUGAGAAAACUACUUCUCACAAAUAUAAGUUUGUUUUCUGUCCGAGUGUAUGCAGCAACUGUAAGGUUAUGUGCGGGGACAUUACUAAAGGUUUACAAGUUUUUGGACAAGGGAUACCUUUGGUAUUCACCAAGGAUACCGAUUCGCCUUUCUCUCCCGUCUUCUAUUAA